AUGUCGCACGAGGGGCAGGCAAAUGCGACGGAGGAAUACGAUUACGAUCGAGAGCUCUACCGCUGCCCCAUCUCAUGGCCCAUCACCUCCGACAAGCCCAAGAUGACCAAGAAGGUGUACUCCCUCAUCAAGAAGAGCGUCACGGCAAAUAAAAAGAAGGGUAUCGUGAAAGGCAUAAAGGACGUCACCAAGGCGAUUCGAAAAGGCCAGAAGGGGAUCCUGGUGCUCGGCGCCGACGCGUCUCCCUACGAUGUGGUCUCGCACUUCCCAGUCAUGGCCGAGGAAGCGAAGAUCCCUUACGUGUGGGUACCUUCGCGCCAGGACCUCGGCACGGCCACCCAGUGCAAGCGUGCCACCUCCGUGGUGCUGCUGAAGGUCAACGAGGUGCUCAAGCCGAGCUAUGACAAAAUCGUGCUCGCUAUCGAGGAUCUCAACUCGGAGGAGUAG